GGGUCACGACCAUAGAUGAUAUUUAGUCAAAAUCAUAGAUGAUAUUUAGUCAAAAAUAAAAUAAAAUUAAACCAUAGAUGAUAUGAUAUUGGUAGUGAAGUGGUUAGUAGUUGGCCGGUUUGUUUGGUUCGAAGACAAAAACAACACUUCCAAGUUGUAACUAACUAACUAAAACAACACUUAGUAACCUCCGCCGUCACUAAAACAAAACCACAUAGACUUCAACUGAAUGCAACAUUUCUUUCAUCAUUUUCAUUCUCGAAUUCUUCACAAUCCUUUUUCUGUCUCUACAAUGUCUUCUUCUCUCACUCUUCCAUCUUUUUCACCUAUCUUCCCCAAUCUCUCACAACGAUCCCUCUCCGUUAAAACCCACAAUUUCCCUAAAUCUAGGGUUUUCGCCACCAUCUCCACUGGAUCUCAAUCUUCAAUCCAUGAAGCUUCUUUAGCUGAUUAUAAAGUCUCCAAUGCAUUCCUCUUCCCCGGCCAGGGUGCACAAGCUGUUGGAAUGGGAAAAGAAGCUCAGAAUGUUCCUUCUGCUGCAGUUUUGUACAAGAAGGCUAAUGAAAUAUUAGGGUUUGAUCUUCUUGAUGUAUGCAUUAAUGGGCCAAAGGAAAAGCUGAAUUCAACAGUUAUCAGUCAGCCUGCCCUGUACGUCACAAGUCUUGCUGCUGUUGAGCUACUUCGUGCACGUGAGGGAGGUGAGCAGAUUAUUGAAUCUGUUGAUGUUACAUGUGGUUUGAGUCUAGGAGAAUAUACUGCUCUGGCAUUUGCUGGGGCUUUCAGCUUUGAAGAUGGACUGAAAUUGGUGAAACUGAGGGGUGAAGCCAUGCAGGAUGCUUCUGAUGCUGUUAAAAGUGCCAUGGUUAGUGUGGUAGGAUUGGACUCAGAGAAGGUCCAGCAGUUAUGUGAUGCAGCCAAUCAGGAAGUGCCUGAAUCUGAGAAGGUUCAGAUUGCCAAUUACCUAUGUCCAGGAAACUAUGCUGUCUCUGGAGGCCUAAAAGGAAUAGAAGCGGUGGAAGCCAAAGCAAAGUCUUUCAAGGCUCGAAUGACUGUGCGGCUAGCUGUUGCAGGCGCUUUCCAUACUAGUUUUAUGGAACCUGCUGUGUCAAGAUUGGAAGCAGCAUUGUUAUCAACAGACAUUAGAACGCCAAGAAUACCAGUCAUUUCCAACGUGAAUGCUCAGCCUCAUACAGAUCCCGACACAAUAAAGAAGAUAUUAGCACGACAGGUUACUUCCCCUGUUCAAUGGGAAACAACAGUGAAGACUCUUCUAUCCAAGGGACUGAAGAAAGGCUAUGAACUGGGACCAGGAAAGGUUAUUGCUGGAAUUGUCAAAAGAAUGGACAAAGCUACUGAAAUUGAAAACAUAGGUGCUUAAGAAGGUUGCACUGUGGCUUCCAAUACAAAAAUCUACAAUAGAGCAUAUUUAUUUUUCAUGAGAAAAAAUGUGCGUGAGCUAAAUCAAGGAGAGAAUGUGUGGAACUUGAAGCUUCUGUGAGCAAAGAGUAGCUUCAGUCAGAUUUAAAUGCCAGUUUUGAAGUUCAACAAAUUUAAUCUAGACACCACUUUGAAUAAGUUAGAUCAGUGUUUGAUAUAGUUGCUUAGAAUUUGAGUUUAUUUCUGUAAUCUUAUAAUCUUAUAGAAUGUUGUAAACCUUAUCUACUGGGCUGAGUUAAUAAUUAAUAUCUACUCUAUAUACCAAUAAGUUUUAGAUGAAAUAAUUGUUGAUUAAAAGUUUGAAAUACAUUUGAGAAUAA